GCUGAUCACCUCAAGAUACGAAGCUCAGCCUCCAAGACACUGUCUCGACUAUACAAAAAAUGAACUGACAAGAGGUAUAAAGGGGAGGUUGACUCCGGCUCAUUUCAUCCAUCAUCAUCUUCUUCCAUCCAAAACAUCUUCAAAAGUUCAUUACCUGAACUCAAACCAAUCCACAAAAUGCACUCCUCCAUCAAGCUCCUUGUUGCCACCAUUCCUGCCCUCGCCUCCGCCUGCGUCGGACCCCCGGUGAACGGCCCAACCCUCGACCUUAUCAAGGGUUUCGAAUCAUUCCGAGGCGAAGUCUAUGAUGACGGUGCCGGAAACCCUACAAUCGGCUACGGCCAUCUCUGCCCGGACUGGUCUUGCUCCGAUGUCACCUUCCCUCAGCCCCUGACCGAAGAGACCGCUGCCCAGCUGCUCGCUGGUGACUUGAUUGGCUACCAAGACGCUGUUACCAAUGCCUUCGCCGACCCCGUCACCCUGAACGACAACCAGUAUGGCGCUCUCGUGUCCUGGACCUACAAUAUCGGCAACGGAAACAUGCAGUCGUCUGACCUUGUUUCUCGCAUCAACGCCGGCGAGGAUAUCGUUGCUGUUACCACUGACGAGCUUCCUCAGUGGAUUCACUCCAACGGACAGGUGAUGGAGGGCCUCGUCAGGAGACGCCAGGAGGAAUUGAACCUGUUCAACGCCCCCAGCAAUGUUGGCGCUCUCCCUGCUCCUUGCUAAGCUGCAGGAAACCUGCCAGCGUUCGAUUCAACUUUAUUGUUCUGGGCACGGAAGGACGUGCUUUGAUCACGAGUUAUAACAAGACGACAUGGUGAACAGCCUUGUUUUCCUGUAGUAAUUAAUGGUGGAAGUUUUGAUAUCGAUGUAUAUAGAUGC